AUGGGUCGUCUACGACGGUCAAGAGCACACCACGCCCGCCGUGAUGUUCAUCGAGCAGCCCGUACGCGUGCUCGUGCUCGAGACAUCGACCAAAUCCAAUUAGAAGACCUCGAUCCUGAGAGACGUGCGGAACUGGAGGCACAACCUUUAGACCACGAGUUACCGGGUCUUGGUCAACACUAUUGUGUAGAAUGCGCGAAAUAUUAUGAGACAGACGAUGCUCUUAAAUCUCACUGGCGCAGCAAAGUCCACAAGCGACGGUGUAAACAACUCAAGGAAAAGCCCUAUACAAUCGAAGAGGCCGAACUUGCUGGAGGACUAGGUCGCGAGCAAAGAAAACCGAGGCAAAAAAAUAACUACGACCUUAAUAACGACUUCCGAGACGUGUAAUCAACCCUAUCUGCAGCUUCCGUAUUUAUUGCGGGAGCGGAUUUUGACAAGCCGUAUUGGCAGUUCCUCCCUCUUUUUCCCUGCUAUGGUCGCUCGUUUUUCUCUCACUAGAAGGGAGGUCUUUUUACUCCUUCUUGGCGCAUUUGUGGUGCAUCUCCUUCCCUUUCAACUUCCUGCCCGGCAGCAAAUCGUUGUCGAGACCGUUUGCGAGCACCCCUCCGACCAACAACACUCUGGGGACAAAUUGAUCUAUCAGACACAAACUACCACUAUAAUCCAGCCAACAACAACGACUGUCAUUUCUCAACCGACUCCAACGACGACCUCACUCGACAAAGUUACCGAAUUUCCCGAAACCUCGAUUUUGAGCCACUUCCCUGGUUGGACCCGUGCGUCGUCAGCAUUCGUUUUGUUCGUGCUUAAUAUGUCUAUUAUAGUGUUCGAAAACGUCUACAUUUCUAAUGAUACUUUCUUCAUCGUCACCGACCAGUCGUCAUCGGACUUGCCUCCUAUUUCAGCCAUGAUCAGUGUCCCGCUUGAGGCAACGAGCGCGGCCGAAAAUGUUGCUGCAAGGAUGCCAACCAAACACUCUCUACAAUUCAUCACGGCCGCCGAGGCGAGAGGGAAAUGGGGAGGAGAUCUCGAGCACGGGGGAAAGAAUCGGGUUUGGACUGUGACUGGCAACACAGUAUGUCCUGUUCCCAUUCGUUUGCGUCCUUCUCACUGGUUCCAAGGUAUUCAUCAACGAGCCGGGACAAUUUCUCAGGCAUUAUUACCAUCUGUGUGCAGGUAAUCUUGACCUCUCUGUCGGAAAUCUGUUGAUCAUAUCGGACAUAGAAUUGGUUAUGGGUAUACAAGCCAUGUUGCUCGGCGCUGUUACUCCCUCGGUCACGGAUGGCUCUCGCGACUUCCAUUUUGAACCCAUUCAUAAUGUCGAUGCCCCUGCUCCCCCUCCCGUCGAUCGAUUUAUAUUCGCCCGCACGAAUGCAGACGGCUGGCGAGAUGAUCCCGACUUCAACUCAUAUUUUAUGCGCGCAGCUUUCCCCGCUUCCACAAUUGAGGAGCGAGAGUCGUGGGAGGAUCGUGUGCUGAUAACUACUUCAGGCGACCGUGCCUGGCAUUUUCCUCGACUCCUUCUCACCGAUCGCAGUGCCGCCUACCGCAGCGAGCUUUGUGGACUAAAAACCCAGCGGAUUGCGGCGGAACCAUUCGAGGGAUUUCGGGCACAAGGCAGAAUUCUCGGACUACGGGUUGGUGGUUGGUGGGCACCGGUCCGCGAGGCAGUUCUCCGCUUUGCUGGAGCACCUCCUAUGGAGGCAGUCGUGAUAGAGGAUGUUAACAGUCUCGCAACACCGUCAAAAAUCGUCAUCACCUACCUAAGCCGACAAGCCACUCCCAGGCGUCAUUUAACGCCCGAGGGCCAUCUUGGGCUCGUCGACGCCCUCGAAAAGCUGGUCGCCCGCAAAGGAUCCAACUGGGAACUCAACGUUGUUGUCGCAGAACACCUCUCCAAGGACGAGCAAAUCAAGCUUGCUGCUCGCACAACGGCAAGCUCUCCCGCAGCUUCUUAUCGCGCAACGUGCUGACUUGCCUGGCAGAUUCUGUUGGGCGUCUACGGAAACGGACUAACACACCUGCUCAUGAUGCGCCCGAACCGGUUCUCGACCGUGAUCGAAAUCUUCUACCCCAGCGGCUUCGCCCGCGACUACCAAUGGCCCACACAUGCCCUCGGGAUGCGGCAUUUCGCUGUGUGGAACGACACGUGCGUUUUUUUCUGGCCCAGCUUUUCCGUCAUCUCACUAUUGACCACGUUGUCAGGUGGUUAACUGACGGUAUUGGGGACGGUAUUCCAUCCGCCAACUACCCAGAGGGCUUCCAGGGGGAUUCCAUCCCCGUCCAUGGGCCUACUGUGGCGGACUUGAUUGAAGACCGUGUUGAGGGCCACAUAGAGGGAAUAUGA